CCCUGUGCCUGCCUCCUAGAGCUCAUUCUCCGCGCCGGCUGCCCCAGUUCUGUCCUGGACAGCGUGCCCGCCAGCCACCACCAGCCAUGGCAGGGCCCCGGGACCACCUCCUGCUCUGCCUGCUGGUCCUCUGCCUGGCAGGCUUCAGCUUCAUCGGGGGGCAGAAGGUACAGUCCAGACGCUGCGACAUGAAGACCAGGUUUGUCACUCACAUACCCUGCACCCCGUGCCCUGCCAUCAAGAAGCGGGUGUGUCCCUCGGGCUGGCUUCGGGAGUUCCCGGAGAAGAUCUCACAGGACUGCCGAUACGAGGUCCAGCUGGGGGACUCUUUGUUGUCUGUGAGCGGCUGCAGCGUGGAGUGCUCGAAGGACGUGGUGCAGAAGGCCUGCUGCCCUGGCUACUGGGGGUCCCAGUGCUAUGAGUGCCCUGGGGGUGCUGAGACCCCAUGUAACAGCCACGGGACCUGCCUGGAUGGCAUAGACAGGAACGGGACCUGCGUGUGCCAGGAAAACUUCAGUGGCUCAGCGUGCCAGGAGUGUAGAGACCCCAACCGCUUCGGCCCUGACUGCCAGUCAGUCUGCAGCUGUGUGCAUGGCGUGUGCCGCCAUGGGCCACUCGGGGAUGGAAGCUGCCUGUGCUUUGCUGGAUUCACUGGACCCCACUGUGACCAAGAGCUCCCGGUCUGCCAGGCCCUGAACUGUCCUCAGAACUCCCAGUGCUCUGCAGAGACCCCUACCUGCAGCUGCCUGCCUGGCCACACCCAGCAGGGCGGCGAAUGCCUAGCCCCUGACCCCUGCCAGCCGUCACCCUGCUCCCCAGUUGCCCAGUGCUCCGUGAGCCCCAGGGGGCAGGCACAGUGUCGCUGCCCUGAAAACUACCAUGGGGACGGAACGGUGUGUCUGCCCCAGGACCCAUGCACCACCAACAACGGCGGCUGCCCCAGCAACUCCACCUUAUGUCUGUACAAGAGGCCAGGCCAGGCUUCCUGCUCAUGUAAGCCAGGCCUGGUCAGCACCAACCGCAAUGCCUCCGCGGGCUGCUUUGCCUACUGCUUCCCCUACUCCUGUGACCGGUCAGCCACCUGCCAGGUGACCCCUGAUGGAAAGACCAGCUGUGUGUGCAAGGACGGCGAGGUGGGAGAUGGGCGUGCCUGCUACGGACACCUACUCCACGAGGUGCAGAAGGCCAGCCAGACGAGCAUGACGUUACUGCGGCUGAGAGUCGCCUUUGCCAUGCUGGACCAGGGCUGCCGGGAGAUCCUCAGCACAUCGGGCCCAUUCACCGUGCUGGCACCGUCCAUAUCCUCUAGGACCAUGAACGCAUCCCUUGCCCAGCAGCUCUGCAGACAGCACAUCAUCGCAGGGCAGCACAUGCUGGAGGAGUCAGGAACCCAGCCUACACGCAGGUGGUGGACACUGGCUGGACAGGAGAUCACGGUCACUUUCGGCCGCUUCAGGCAGAAAUACACCUACAAGUACAAAGACCAGCCCCAGCAGACAUUCACCAUCCACAAGGCCAACUACCCAGCAGCCAAUGGCAUCUUCCACGUGGUCACUGCCCUGCGGUGGCAGCCCCCACCAGAGCUCCCGGAGGACCCCAAGAGGACAAUCGGCCAGAUCCUUGCCUCCACUGAGGCCUUCACCCGGUUUGAAACCAUCCUGGAGAACUGUGGGCUGCCCUCCUUCCUGGAUGGCCCUGGGCCCUUUACAGUCUUUGCCCCCAGCAAUGAGGCAGUGGAUGGCUUGCGGGACGGCCGCCUGGUCUACCUCUUCACAGCGGGUCUCUCCAAACUGCAGGAGCUGGUGAGGUACCAUGUCUAUAGCCACGGCCAGCUGACUGUUGAGAAGCUCAUCUCCAAGGGCCGGGUCCUCACCAUGGCAAAUCAGGUCCUGGCUGUGAAUAUCUCGGAGGAGGGGCGCAUCCUGCUGGGACCUGAGGGGGUACCCCUACGGAGAGUGGACGUGCUGGCUGCCAACGGCGUCAUCCACAUGCUGGAAGGCAUCCUGCUGCCCCCGACCAUCCUGCCCAUCCUGCCCAAGCUUUGCAACGAAGAGCGGCACAAGGUCGUGGCGGGCUCCUGUGUGGACUGCCAAGCCCUGAACACCAGCAUGUGCCCCCCCAACAGCGUGAAGCUGGACAUCUCCCCUGAGGAGUGUGUCUACAUCCAUGACCCUACUGGGCUGAACGUCCUGAAGAAGGGCUGCGCCCACUACUGCAAUCAGACCAUCCUGAAACCUGGCUGCUGCAAAGGGUUUUUUGGGCCUGACUGUGUGCAGUGUCCUGGGGGCUUCUCCAACCCCUGCUAUGGCAAAGGCAACUGCAGUGAUGGGGUCCAGGGCAGUGGGGCCUGCCUCUGCUUCCCAGACUACAAGGGCAUCGCCUGCCACAUCUGCUCCAACCCAAACAAGCAUGGAGACCAGUGCCGGCAAGACUGCGGCUGUGUCCACGGUCUAUGUGACAACCGUCCGGGCAGUGGGGGGGUGUGCCAGCGUGGCACAUGUGCCCCGGGCUUCAGUGGCCGCUUCUGCAACGAGUCCACAGGGAUCUGUGGGCCCACAGAACAGGCCCAGCAGUGCCACCCGCAUGCCCGCUGCGUUAACCAGGGGGAUGUUGCCAGGUGUCUCUGUCUCGAUGGCUUUGAGGGUGACGGCUUCUCCUGCACACCCAGCAACCCCUGCUCUCGCCCAGACCGUGGCGGAUGCUCGGAGAAUGCUGAGUGUGUCCCUGGGGCCCCAGGCACCCACCACUGCACGUGCCACAAGGGCUGGAGUGGGGACGGUCGUGUCUGCGUGGCCAUCGACGAGUGUGAGCUGGAUGUACGAGGUGGCUGCCAUGCUGACGCCCUCUGCAGCUAUGUGGGACCCGGGCAGAGCCAGUGCACCUGCAAGCUGGGAUUCGCGGGGGACGGCUACGUGUGCAGUCCCAUUGACCCCUGCCGGGCAGGCAACGGUGGCUGCCAUGAUCUGGCCACCUGCCGGGCAGUGGGAGGAGGUCAGCGGGUCUGCACAUGCCCCCCUGGCUACGGGGGUGAUGGCUUCAGCUGCUACGGAGACAUCUUCCAGGAGCUGGAGGCAAAUGCCCACUUCUCCAUCUUCUACCAGUGGAUCAAGGGGGCCGGCAUCACUCUUCCUGCUGACAGCCGAGUCACAGCCCUGGUGCCCUCGGAGUCUGCCAUCCGUAGGCUGAGCCCUGAGGACCAGGCCUUCUGGCUGCAGCCGAGGAUGCUACCGCAACUGGUCAGGGCCCAUUUUCUCCAGGGCGCCGUGUCUGAGGAGGAGCUGGCCCGGCUGGACGGGCAGAGUAUAGCCACCCUGAGCCCCACCGCACGCUGGGAGAUUCACAACAUCAGUGGGAGGGUCUGGGUGCAGAAUGCCAGCGUGGACGUGGCUGACCUCCUUGCCACCAAUGGUGUCCUACAUGUCGUCGGUCAGGUCUUACUGCCUCCGAGAGGGGAUGUGCUGGGGGGGCAGGGGUUGCUGCAGCAGCUGGACUCAGUGCCUGCCUUCCGCCUCUUCCGGGAGCUGCUGCAGCGCCACAGGCUAGUACCCCAGAUUGAGGCUGCCACCGCCUACACCAUCUUCGUGCCAACCAACCACUCUCUGGAGGCCCAGGCCAACAGCAGCGGCCUGGACUUGGACGUAGUGCGACACCAUGUGAUCCUGGGGGAGGCGCUUUCCACAGAGGCCCUGCGCAGGGGCGGACACCGCAACUCCCUCCUGGGCCCCACGCACUGGCUUGUCUUCUACAACCAUAGCGGCCAGCCCGAGGUGAACCAUGUGCCGCUGGAAGGCCCUGUGCUGGAGGCCCCUGGCCGCUCACUGUUUGGCCUGUCCGGGGUCCUGACGGUGGGCUCAAGCCGCUGCCUGCACAGCCACGCAGAGGCCCUGCGGGAGAAAUGUGUAAAUUGCACCCGGAAAUUCCGCUGCACUCAAGGCUACCAGCUGGAGGACACCCCCAAGAAGAGCUGUGUCUACCGGUCUGGCUACUCCUUCUCCCGGGGCUGUUCUUACACGUGUGCCAAGAAGAUCCAGGUGCCUGACUGCUGCCCUGGCUUCUUCGGCACACUGUGUGAGCCGUGCCCGGGGGGUCUGGGUGGUGUGUGCUCGGGCCACGGGCAGUGUCAGGACAGGCUCCUGGGCAGUGGGGAGUGCCGCUGCCACGAGGGCUUCCACGGAACGGCCUGUGAGAUGUGUGAGCUGGGCCGCUACGGGCCCAACUGCACUGGAGUGUGUGACUGUGCCCACGGGCUGUGCCAGGAGGGGCUCCGAGGGGACGGAAGCUGUGUCUGUAACGUGGGUUGGCAGGGCCUCCGCUGUGACCAGAAAAUCACUGGCCCUCAGUGCCCACAGAAGUGUGACCCCAAUGCCAACUGCGUCCAGGACUUGGCUGCAGCCCCUGCCUGUGUCUGUGCCGCGGGGUACUCGGGCGACGGCAUCUACUGUGCAGUGGUGGACCCUUGUGCCCAUGACCAUGGGGGCUGCUCCCCCCACGCCAACUGCACCAAUGUGGCACCUGGUCAGCGGACAUGCACCUGCCUGGAUGGCUACACGGGUGAUGGGGAGCUGUGCCAGGAAGUUAACGGCUGUCUCAUCCACCACGGGGGCUGCCACAUGCACGCCGAAUGUAUCCCCACCGGCCCCCAGCAGGUCUCCUGCAGCUGCCGCGAGGGUUACAGUGGGGACGGCAUCCGGACUUGUGUGCUCCUGGACCCCUGCUCCCAGAACAAUGGAGGCUGCAGCCCCUAUGCUGUGUGCAAAAGCACAGAGGAUGGCCAGAGGAUGUGUACCUGCGAUGCAGUCCACACUGUGGGUGAUGGCUUCACCUGCCGUGCCCGAGUCGGCCUGGAGCUCCUUCGGGACAAGCAUGCCUCAUUCUUCAGCCUCCAUCUCCUGGAAUACAAGGAGCUCAAGGGGGAUGGGCCUUUCACAAUCUUUGUGCCGCAUGCAGAUCUAAUGACCAACCUGUCGCAGGAUGAGCUGGCCCGGAUUCGUGCCAAUCGCCAGCUUGUGUUCCGCUAUCACGUGGCUGGUUGCCGGCAGCUGCGAAGCCAGGAGCUGCUAGAGGAGGGCUAUGCCACCACACUCUCCGGGCACCCGCUGCGCUUCAGUGAGAGGGAGGGCAACAUAUACAUCAAUGACUUCGCGCGCCUGGUGAGCAGCGACCACGAGGCUGUGAACGGUGUCUUGCAUUUCAUCGACCGUGUCCUGCUGCCACCUGAAGCGCUGCACUGGGAGCCUGACGCUGCCCCGAUUCCGCAGAGAAACUUCACUGCCGCUGCGGAGAGCUUCGGUUACAAGAUCUUCAGUGGCCUUGUGACGAUGGCUGGCCUGCUGCCCCUGCUUCGAGAUUCAUUCCAUAGGCCCUUCACAAUGCUGUGGCCCACAGACUCCGCCCUGCAAGCCUUGCCUCCCGAUCGCCAGGUCUGGCUAUACCAUAAAGACCACCGUGACAAGCUGGCGGCUAUUGUGCGGGGCCACGUGAUCCGCAACGUCGAGGCCUUGGCAUCUGACCUGCCCAACCUGGGCCCACUGCGCACCAUGCAUGGGACCCCCAUCUCCUUCUCCUGCAGCCGUGCCCGGCCGGGUGAGCUCACGGUGGGAGAGGAGGACGCCCGGAUUGUGCAGCGACACCUGCCCUUUGAGGGGGGCCUGGCUUACGGCAUCGACCAGCUGCUGGAGCCACCUGGCCUUGGUGCCCGGUGUGACCGCUUUGAGACUCGGCCUCUGUGGCUGAAGGUUUGCAGCGUUUGUGGGCUGGAACCACCCUGUCCUGAGGGCUCACAGGAGCAGGGCAGCCCUGAGGGCUGCUGGCGCUACUUCUCAAAGUUCUGGACGUCUCCUCCGCUGCACUCCCUGGCACUGCGCAGUGUUUGGGCCCGGCCCAGCCACUGGGGUCAGCCCCAAGGCCUGGGCAGGGGCUGCUACCGCAACUGUGUCACCACCACCUGGAAGCCCAGCUGCUGCCCUGGUCACUAUGGCAGUGAGUGCCGAGCUUGCCCUGGGGGUGCCAGCAGCCCCUGUAAUGGCCAUGGCACGUGCAUGGACGGCAUGAGCGGCAGCGGGAACUGUAGGUGCCAUUCGAGGUUUGCCGGGAUGGCAUGUGAACUCUGUGCCCCAGGUGCCUUUGGGCCCCUUUGUCAAGCCUGCAACUGUACCUCCCAUGGCCACUGCGAUGAGGGCCUGGGGGGCUCUGGCUCCUGCUUCUGUGAUGAGGGCUGGACUGGGCCACACUGUGAGGUGCAGCUGGAGCUGCAGCCUGUGUGUGCUCCACCUUGCGCAUCCCAGGCCGUGUGCCGCGCUGGCCACAGCUGUGAGUGCAGCCUGGGCUACGAAGGGGAUGGCCGCACGUGCACAGUGGUAGACCUGUGCCAGCAUGGGCGUGGUGGGUGCAGCGAGCAUGCCAACUGCAGCCAGGUAGGCACAGUGGUCACCUGCACCUGCCUGCCCGACUACGAGGGUGAUGGCUGGAGCUGCCGGGCCCGCAACCCCUGUGAGGAUGGCCACCGCGGGGGCUGCAGCGAGCACGCUGACUGCCUGAGCACUGGACCGAACACACGGCGCUGUGCGUGCCACGCCGGCUACGUGGGUGAUGGACUGCAGUGUCUGGAGGAGCCUGAGCCGCCCGUGGACCGCUGCCUGGACCAGCCACCACCCUGUCACGUGGACGCUGUGUGCACUGACCUGCACUUCCAGGAAAAACGGGCUGGUGUCUUCCACCUCCAGGCCCCCAGUGGCUCCUACAGCCUGAAUUUCUCACAGGCCGAGGCAGCCUGUGGGGCCCAAGGAGCUGUGCUUGCUUCUCUCCCUCAGCUCUCUGCUGCCCAGCAGCUGGGCUUCCACCUCUGCCUUGUGGGCUGGCUGGCCAAUGGCUCGGCUGCCCAUCCCGUCGUUUUCCCGGCAGCAGACUGUGGCGAUGGUCAGGUGGGCGUGGUCAGUCUGGGUGCCCGGGAGAACCUGUCGGAGUGCUGGGACGCCUACUGCUACCGCAUGCAAGACGUGGCCUGCCGAUGCCGCGAUGGCUUCGUGGGUGAUGGGGCCAGCGUGUGCAAUGGGAAGCUGCUUGAUGUACUGGCCACCACUGCCAACUUCUCCACCUUCUACGGGAUGCUACUGGGUUAUGCCAAUGCCACCCCGAGGGGUCUCGACUUCCUGGACUUCCUGGACGACGAGCUCACCUACAAGACACUCUUCGUCCCUGUCAACGAAGGCUUUAUGGACAACCUGACACUGAGCGGCCCAGACCUGGAGCUACACGCCUCCAAUACCACCUUCCUGAGCACCAACGCCAGCCAGGGUACCUUGCUUCCCACCCACUCAGGCCUCAGCCUCAUCAUCAGUGACAUGGGCCCUGACAACAGUUCUCAGGCCCCUGUGGUCCCAGGAGCAGUUGUGGUUAGCCACGUCAUUGUGUGGGACAUCGUGGCCUUCAACGGCAUCAUCCACACUCUGGCCAGCCCCCUCCUGGCACCCCCACAGCCUCGGGCAGUGUUGGCCCCGGAGGCCCCACCUGUGGCAGCAGGCGCAGGGGCUGUGGUAGCUGCUGGAGCGCUCCUUGGCCUUGCGGCCGGAGCCCUCUACCUUCGUGCCCGAAGCAGGUCCGCAGGCUUUGGCUUCUCUGCCUUCCAGGCGGAAGAUGAUGCUGCUGAUGACUUCUCCCCAUGGCAGGAAGGGACGAGCCCAACCCUGGUCUCUGUCCCCAACCCGGUCUUUGGUAGCCAUGAUGCCUUUUGUGAGCCCUUUGACUCCUCCCCUCAGGACGCGCUCCUGGAGGACGACUUCCCUGACACCCAGAGGAUCCUCGAGGUCAAGUGACGCAGCCGGUGCUGAAGCAGAGGCACGAGCAGGAGGGAGGCGGCUUUUAUUGCCCAGAGUGGGUGGGGACAGCAGGGGCUGGGCCUGGUCCACACAAUAAAGGUACCCUCAGCGGAUGUGGGCCAUAUCGCCAAGGAAGGGUGUCUUCAUGCAUCCAGUGCAGAGCUGAUCCAUCCAGAGCGGUGCCUCGUGCUGCAGGGGCGUGCGGCGCGGGUAGAAGGUGAAGUCCACGCGGUAGUUGAGCAGACAGCUGAGGGAGGCCAUGUAGAGGUCGGAGAAGCGCACCAGGCGCCGCGAGAAGUAGGUGGGGUUGUGGAAGGUGCGAAAGAUGCUCCCGAACUGCGCAUUGAACAGGGCCUUGGUGAUGCACCUGGGGAGGGAGAUGUGGGCACUCAUGGGGGUGCUCCUGAGGGGGCUGGGCUGGGGCUCCUGCCCAGGCCCCACCACUCACCUCAGCUCCUGCCGCUCCUUCAUCCAGGCGGCCAGCACCUGCCGAGACUCGGCAUCCUGGUAGGUCUGGGGGAGACAAGGGGUGCUCUGGGUGUGUGCGGCCAGGCAGCGGCCCCCCACCUCCCUGCAGACGUCCAGCUGCCCCCGCACCUGCAUACGCUCCAGUAGCCCCGUGAGCGCCUGCUGCCACGUCAGCGAGUGCAUGUACUGCUCCGUGUUGAUGAUGCGGAUCUCUCGCUCCAGCUCAGGGAUAAUGGCACCUGUGCGCCAGCCGUGACGCAGCAUGAGAUCCUGGGGGGCAGGGUGCAGGGUAGGCAGGGCUCAGUGCCGGCCAGGAGGUCCCCCUCCCCUCCCCACUGCGACCCAUCCCCGCCUCCCGCCCUCACCGCCAGGUCACUGUAGAGGUGGUCUCCGAAGUAGAGCACACGGGGGCCUCGCCAUUCCGUCAGACGCAGGAAGUCAAACAGGUUUCCCUGGGAAGAGAUUGGGGGUGGGCGGGGGAGACCGGGCUAAGCCCAGUGUUCCGAAGGGGCUCCCCCAGGGUAAUUCUCCACCAGUCUUCCCAAAUCCCUAAUCCCCAGAGGCAGCAAGGCCCCUCUAGCCGGAUGCUGGGCUGCCCUUUCCCGUGGCCUCGCUGUCCCCUCCAGGCUCCGGAAGGGGGUCUGCCUGGGGCAGGAAGGUCUCCUAUAGGCCUGGCCUGGUGCCCUGGGCCUCCCCUCCCCGUGCCCUCACACCCACCCAAGCUAGGAAUUGAGUUCACUCUUUGUGGGAAACAAACUGCAGCAGUGACCCCAUGGCCCUGAAGCAAGCAGGCCACCUCAGCCUGAGCCCAGAGGGACCCAGCAGACCAAUGGCAGUCCUCAUUGUGAGGCCGCCUGCCCCUCCUGCGCCAAAGCUGGAGAGAUGAAAACAGCCAGGCUCAAGCACAGCAGAGGAAGCUGGCAGGGGAGCAGAAACCGGGGCAGGGGCAGCAGCCUCCACAGGGCAGGCACCCACAGCCCAGAAGUGAGAAUAUACACCCAGCAAAAAGGAGUUACUAGAGGCAGUCUGCGGGCGUGAGAGGCCUGGGGAGGUGACAGCCAUGGGGGAAACAGGUAGCUGUGAAGGGCUUAAUGGUUGAAAUAAGCUCAAGCAGAGAAGGUGAGGAGCAGGAGGGAAGUACGAGCGGGCGGGGCGCUGAGGACGUGCCAAGACGACGAGAACCACACACACAAUGAAAUUUCAGAACACCAGGCAUACAGAAGUCUAAAGCCUGCCAGAGAAGAAAAAUCAGUGUUCCCCACAAAGACGCGUGACCCUCCUCAGGCUCAGCCAGGAUGCCAAGACAACAGGGAGCAUCAGCCUCAGAGCCGAGGGGUAAAGCUCGUGCCCAAGGGGGCCACCGACAGUUGGGGGCCAGCAGGGUGGAAGGCCGAGCGGUCGGCAGGGGUGAAGGGCUGGGACCUUGGCACUGGGCGGCCCGAGGCUGCUCCCUGUGCCUGUCACUGGCCCGACUGCUGGCUUCUUCCCUGCCCCCAGCUUCUGGAACCUCCAUCUCCAAGAAACCCAGCUCAGCCAGGAUUUCCGCAUUCCACCCAGAGCCAAGUGCCUUAAUCACCUCCUGCUCACAGCCACCUGACACUUCCCCACCAAGCACAAGGCCCUUCUCACCCUCCUAGCCAGCCAGAAAAGGGGUUUCCUCCGAGGCCUGUGCCAGCACCCCCACCAGCCCAACUCGGGGGCCCCAACCAGGCUCAUCUGGCUGCAGCAGAGUGCUCAGCCCGAGGCAAAAGCAGGGCCAUUUAUUGGGCACUUGGCGAAUGCCCCAACAACCUAAGAGCUUUACACCACCACUCAAGUAGAGUAUUAUACCUCUUUUACAGACGAGGAAAGCACAGCACAGAGAGGCCAAGCAAUUGGGCCAGGCCCUGGGAGCCACUUCCUGUGAGGGGACAGAGCCACAACAGAAGGUGUGGUGGCUGGUCAGGGCCCAAGAGGCCGUGCGGCAGCCCCGCCACAGCCUGGGGCCGUGGCUGGGCCCUGGGGUCCCUACCAGGUACAAUUCCCACCUAGAUGGCUCUCACCUGACGAUAGAUCUUGCCCUUUUCCAGGCGGGUGAUACGGUCCCAAUGCAGUGAGCCCUUCUCAUCAAGUUUUCUGAAAGGCCUAGGGUGGGUUGAAAGGCCUAGGGUGGGGUUAAAGGGCCUGAUUUCCAGUCUGUGGCAGGACCACAGGCUGGACACCUCCCACUCUGCAAAGGCCCACCUGCUCACCUGCCCAUCAGCAAGGGGGUGCCCCCACCCCAGGCACACAGGGCGGCAAGCAGAGGCCAGUCCCCGCUCCCUGGGCCCAUCGCCCCUGCCAGGCCCAUACUUGCGCCGGUCGGUGAAGAAGCUGGGCUUGUCUGCCUGGACGAUGACCACGUCGAAGAGUUGGCGCCAGUCGGCACCCACCAUGUGCCGCAUCCCCUUGUCCCUGGUGGGACAGAGUGGGACAGGUGGCAGGUGUCUGAGGGAGGCUCCAGGCCUGCCCAUCCCAACUCAGGCCCCUGCCCUGCUCCCUCCUCCCACGGGUUGGGGGACACGGGGGUGCUCACACGAAGCUGAAAGGACUGUUGGUGAUGAGGAACAGCUGUUUCCCGUGCGCCACCAGGCGGCUCAGGACGGCGAAUGUCUCAUCCCCUCGCAGGAUGUACUUCUCUAAUGGGGGGAGAUGGGAGCUUGUGAGGGCCAGCCCUGCACCCUGCCCGGACAGGCCGCAGCAGGGCAACCAUCCCCCCUUACCCAUGUCCCGCUCGAUCCACUGGUACAUAAGGCCCUUCACGUGCACAUCUCGAAUGGCGUCCUGGGGGCAGUGGAGGGACAGUGAGGCCACAGUGGAGCCCAGGAGGACCUGCCCUGCUGUGGCUGGACUUCACCUUCCCUGCCACACUGGGAGGCAGGCCUAGCGCCCUCACCGUCACAUCCUUAUAGAGGUGUGCUUGGUCAAACUCCAGGCCAUGGCCCAGGAAGUGGUCCACCACGCAGGAGAGCAGUGCCAUCUCUGGCAGCGAGAAGAUGUCCAUGAACUGCUUGAUGGAAGGACCCUGAGGAAGGACCACUGACUCAGCAAGCCCCAGCUCCGGAGACCCAAGAGCUCCAAAUAUGUCUUGGGACACUGGUGGAGGGGCACAGCCUGUGGGUCAGGGCUGGCGCACCAGGGUGUGGGCACUGCCUCCCAGGGAGCCAGCACCCACUGUGAGGUCAUGGAGCUGGCUGCCCUGGGCAGUGGCAGACGGAGCGAGUACCUUGCCAUAGAAGCCACUCAUCUGGUACAGUGGGAUGUGCUGGGUGCCCCCAUAUAGGUCGAUCACCUCUUCGUCUGGUACAGGCUGAAGGCCCCUGGGUGGAUGCAGAGAUCACCAGUCCGAAGUGGUCCUGAACCCGGGCCACGGUGUAGGGUGGGGGACCGUGGGGUGAUGCAGGACAGUGUGGACCUGGAGCAGCAGGCUGGGGUGCGGUCAGGGCAAGGUUAGCACUGACCUGUAGGCUGUCCCCAGUUGCACAUAAUGGAAGGCGUCAAUCUUCAUCAGAAGACUCUGAGGGCACCAAGGGAGUAAGACGGGCAAUGAAGGAGUUUGCCAUUAGCUCUGAGCCAGCCUUUGCUAGCCCCCAUGCCGAAGCCCCAGUUGGAUGGUACCAAGGGUAUCAUGUGCACGCCAAGAGGAAGCUACAGCUUUGAGGCCAAGGGAGUAGAAAGAUAAGCACCGCCCCCGCCCGCAUAGGAGACGGGCAGCUAAGGAAGUAGUUCUGAUAUACAUCCAGUCAGGAGGGGCCAGGGAGUCAGUGGUCUAGCCACUCACCUUCUGAAUAUCAUAGUGGAGGCCACGGAUGGCAAAGCUGGGGUUGUAGUCAUACUUUCGAAUCCCCUCCGGGUACUGUCAGGGGAAAUCAGGUCAGGCCUGAGCCAGCAGUACUGACAGACCUGCUGGCUGGGCAGCUGCCUCAGGGGAUCAAUUCAGCCACCCAUCCAGGGGCGCCCCAUGAUCCGGCCUGGGACCCCUACCUGUCUGGCCUCACCUUGUAGUGCUCAAUCAGGAUGUCACGGGCGGCAGUGAAGAUCUCUGGGUGCAGCGUGUCCGCAUACUGGGCCAGGGUGUAGUCAUAGUCGAAGCCGUAGACCUCGACAUCACGCAGGCUGAUCUCGUUGUUGGCAUAGAUGGCCGCUGGGUUCAGGAGACUGCAGACCUCAGGAGGCAGGAGGUCUAGAGGAAGGAGGUAUAAGUAUAAUGAGGAUGAUCAGGAAACACCCUAAAAUGGUACUCUUAGCUCAAUGCAGCAUUAGGUCAAACUGAGGCUCAGAGAAAAGUCACUCGCCCAGGGUCACAUGGGUGGGGUAAGGACCCUAUGGGUCCUGGAUUAUACCACCGCCUGCAGCCUACCAGUUGCUCUGAGCCAUGCCUCCUCCAGACUCUCAUAAGCCCCAUGGGACACCUGGCUAUGCUCUGACACUUUCCACCUUGCCUGAAGCUGGGGUUGGGACUUAGGAACAUUAUCAAGGUGAGGGGUACUGGGUAGCUCCGCUGCUGCUCAGGGCCCCAGCUCUGUGCACCUGCCACAGGUCUCACAGUGAGGCCCCUCUAAUCGGAUUUCAGCUGCCCACCAGUCCACGUAAUGACAUUCACUGCCCCUGGGACCAAGCAGGACCCUGUGGGGCUCCUGGGUACAGAAGCCUUUCUGUCCCCCAUUUCUGUCCCCCACUCCAGCCUCCAUGACCUUCCCUGGGUUCCAAAGGGCAGAUUUGAACAGCUGCUAGUAGGGAAGGGAAAGGAUGGGGAGACAAGGGAGGAGCAGCCAAGAAACAACCUGAGGCAAGAUUUGAGGAACCAGAGAAGCUCAUCAAGAUUAGACCAGGGCUUCCCUGGUGGCACAGUGGUUAAGAAUUCGCCUGCCGAUGCAGGGGACAUGGAUUCAUGCCCUGGUCCGGGAAGAUCCCACAUGCCGCGGAGCAGCUGGGCCCGUGAGCCAUGGCUGCUGGGCCUGCGCGUCCGGAGCCUGUGCUCCGCAAUGGGAGAGGCCACAACGGUGAGAGGCCCGCGUACCGCAAAAAAAAAAAAACCUGCCUCUUGGGACUUCCCUGGUGGUGCAGUGGUUAAGAAUCCACCCGCCAAUGCAGGAGACACGACUUCGAUCCCUGGUCUGGGAAGAUCCCACAUGCCACGGAGCAACUAAGCCCAUGCACCACAACUACUGAAGCCUGCGUGCCUGGAGCCCUUGCUCCACAAGAGAAGCCACCACAAUGAGAAGCCCAGCGCACUGCAACAAAGAGUAGCCCCCCUGCUCACCACGACUAGAGAAAGCCCGCGCACAGUAACGAAGACCCAACGCAGCCAAAAAAAAAAAAAAAAAAGAA